CGGAGCAGAGAAAGAGCGAUGGGCGAUGGGCGAUGGGGAAUGGAAUAAAAGAGAGUUUCAACGGAGGGGGAAGGAAGGAAGAAGGUGUUAGCAUUUGACAAAGGCAGCAGCAGCCCCCAAAUAAUGAAUAAGCCAAGGAAGGAGGCGCCCUAGUCAACUCUCAAUCUUCUUCAACAAUAAGGAACUGACCAAGUCCAUAUUACUCUUUUUAUGCUUCGAAAACGCCGAUCUUUACUCCUGGAUCCAGACUAUUAUUUGUCUUCUCCUCCUUCCCUCCUUACCCAUUUCAAUUCAGGGUUUCUCAUUCAUCACGUCUACCUUUCAUUAAAUCAUUCACAUUUUUGUUUUUAUCUCACUGGGCAACUGUUGCCUUUUUGCCUUCUUAGGAUUUGAAGUUAUUCAAUUUGUUGGCUUCUGGAGAAGAAAAUGAAAAGCAGAUUGAUUUAAGUUUCUAUUUUUUCUUUCUUUAUUGUAGAUAAUUGAACCCUGCUCAUUAACUUUCUAUUUGCAUUCUCAAUUAAGUUUUGUGGUGGUGGCCGAUAUGAGCUUUGUUUUUCGUGGGAAUCGAACAGAUUUAGAUAAUGGGUUACCUGAAUAUCUUCCUGAAAGGCGGGGGGGAGCACUGCGUGUGCAUGCAGCUCGACCACCAAAUAUUAAUACACUUGCUUUUCUCAUCACAGUUCUGUUUUUGUUCAUGAUUUUAAAUUCAAACCAAAUGUCUGCAAACUUUCUGCUGUGGCUAGUACUUGGUGUAUUUUUUAUGGCAACAAGCCUAAGAAUGUAUGCAACAUGUCAGCAACUUCAAGCUCAAGCCCAAGCUCAAGCUAUAGCUGCAAGUGGGCUUUUAGGCCAAACUGAACUGAGGUUACAAAUGCCCCCAUCUAUAGCUCUUUCAGCGAGAGGGAGGUUGCAUGGCCUUAGACUUCAGCUUGCACUUUUAGACAGGGAAUUUGAUGAAUUAGACUAUGAAGCCUUGAGAGCCCUGGAUUCUGAGAAUGUUCCCACGAUUCCAUCCAUGAGUGAAGAGGAAAUAAAUGCUCUUCCUGUUCAUAAGUACAAGGUGGCUGCAGUUUCCCAGAGUGGCGGAUUCCCAUUGCAGCAUGCUUCAUCUUCAAGUCUAUCUGAGAAGCAAGACGGGUGUGUUGGAGUGGGCAGCACCAAAGCCAUGGUUGAUGAACUGACUUGCAGCGUUUGCUUGGAGCAAGUUAACAUUGGAGAAAAUGUCCGAUGUUUGCCAUGCUUACAUCAGUUCCAUGCCAUAUGCAUCGAUCCAUGGCUGAAGCAGCAGGGAACAUGCCCCGUCUGUAAAUUUAAGAUCUGCUCGGGCUGGCACGACAACGGUCAAGAUGACAUGGUUUGAAAAUUGAACUGGGAUUUAUGAGGGAAAUUAUAACUAUUUGACUGACUUAUGUCUUGUGGUAUCACACAGAUAAAUAAUAAAAUAACUGAUUUUGAGUUGCCUUAUUUAAAACCAUGUAAAUUUAGUAACAAAAUGAA